AGAUUCCCGCCAUUUUGUCCGUCCCGCGGCACAGCCUGCGCGGCCCGGGGGGACUACAAGUUCCGUGAGGCCCCGCGGCGGCGCUUCCUACCCCUUACAGUCUGGCCCGCUCCCUCUCCCCCUCUCCCGGGGGCCGAAGGCUCUGGCUGCCGCUGGUGGCCGGCGGGCCAUGUAGGAUUUCCGGGGGAAACUACUGUGGAGGCUGAGGCGGCGGCGGCGACUCGGAAUGGGAGAGAUCUGACUUGUUUGAAAGUAAAGGAAAAGGAGCCAGCAGAAAGGCAGAUAUUGACGAUCUACACAAGAGGAAGAGAAACUAUACCUCACCUCCCUAAAGUGGUUAAAAGUGGCAUGGAAGAUCCAUUUGACUUCUCCAGAGAACCCUGGGACAAAGAGGCAGACCAGCCCACUGCAAACCCAGGCAUGAUCAUGGACAGUGUGGAAGCAGGAGGAGACACGACACCUCCCACCAAGAGGAAGAGCAAGUUCUCAGGCUUUGGGAAGAUCUUCAAGCCCUGGAAAUGGCGGAAAAAAAAAAGUAGUGAUAAAUUCAAAGAGACAUCAGAAGUUUUAGAGCGAAAAAUAUCUAUGCGGAAACCAAGAGAAGAGCUGGUUAAAAGAGGGGUUCUGUUGGAAGACUCUGAGCUGGACCUUGCAGCUGGUGAGGAUUCAGGGAAGUCGAGCAAUACCGUGUUGAAGAAUGGCCAUACGGCCCCCAUAGGGAGUGCCAGGUCUUCUAGUCCACUCCAAGCAGAGGAAGAGCCAGGAAGAACAGCAAGCUUUAGGAAGCCUGUUCUAGAGGAGGACCCAAGGAAGCGACUAGGCUCAACUGGAAGCCAGCCUAAUUUUGAAACAGAGUCUGUUCCUGAGAACGCACCCAAACAGCCUUUACUACCCCCUAAAAGACCCUUGUCCUCUUCUCAUGAAGCAAAUGAAGGGCAAGCAAAGGAUCCCACUUCCUCUGGCAGCACAGCAAGGCCCAUCUCCUCCACUGCCACCACCACCACCUCCACCGCACCUGCCGCCACCAUUGUUGCUGCCACAAACCUACCAAAAACUGUUGUUAAUUCCUCAGUCCCUCCCUCCCCAGCACCCAGGACUCUGCCUGCUGCUCCUGUCAGCACGAACACUACUGCUACCCCAAGCCUCCCUCCCGCGGUCCCUGCCAAGCAGCCCCCCGUCCCUCCCCCUAAACCAGCUCACAGAAAUAGCAACCCUGUCCUUGAACUAGAGCCAAAUGCCAUUGUCAGGGUGUAUGUACCAGAAUCCACUUCCUUAACAUUUUCAGCUGAACUGUCCCAAGCAAUAAACAGUGGUAUAUUAUCAAAACCAUCCCCACCCUUACCACCUAAGAGAGGCAUUCCAUCAACCUUGGUACCAACCUCGGAGUCUGCUGCCGCCACCACCACCACCACAAAAGCAUCAAAUGAUCAGAGGGAGAGGACCACAUCCUCUGUGGGCUCUGAACCACUGCUGAUGAUCCCACCUCCCUCUCCAUCCCCACCACUGCCUACUCACAUACCUCCAGAACCCCCACGGUCCCCUCCAUUCCCUACUAAGACUUUUCAAGUUGUGCCAGAAAUUCAGUUUCCACCUUCCUUAGAUCUACCCCCAGAGGUUCCCCAGCAGGAAGACCAGAAAAAGGAAGUGCCCAAGAGGAUGUUGGACCACAGCUUUGGGGAGCCCCAUGUACCCUCUAGGCUGCCCCCAGUCCCACUGCAUAUCCGAAUACAGCAGGCCCUGACUAGCCCACUUCCCAUAACUCCUUCCUUGGAGGGCUCCCAUAGAGCCCAUUCGUUGCUCUUCGAGAACAGUGGCAACUUUUCUGAGGACAGCAACACCCUGGGUCGGACCAGGUCACUUCCCAUCACUAUUGAAAUGCUGAAAGUUCCAGACGAUGAAGAAGAGGAGCACGCCCGCCCAUCUGCAUUCGAUGAAGACAUGCCACCUACCUCAGUCGUUCCUAAACUGCCACGGUGUCUGCAAGAGGAAGAGGAGGAGAAGGAGAGCGACUCUGACUCAGAAGGUCCCAUUCAGUACCGAGAAGAAGAGGAUGAAGAUGAAAGCCAGCAUAGUGCUCUGGCCAACAAAGUGAAGAGGAAAGACACACUAGCAAUGAAGUUGAACCACAGACCCUGUGAACCAGAGUUGAAUUCUUGGCCUCGAAAAAGCAAAGAGGAGUGGAAUGAAAUACGGCACCAGAUUGGGAACACACUGAUCCGACGAUUGAGUCAAAGACCAACACCAGAAGAACUAGAACAACGAAAUAUACUACAACCUAAAAAUGAAGCUGAUCGUCAGGCAGAAAAACGAGAGAUUAAACGUCGGCUCACUAGAAAGCUCAGUCAAAGGCCAACUGUGGCCGAACUACUUGCCAGGAAGAUUCUGAGGUUCAAUGAAUAUGUGGAAGUAACAGAUGCUCAAGAUUAUGACCGGCGAGCUGACAAACCUUGGACCAAACUAACACCUGCUGACAAGGCUGCCAUAAGAAAAGAGUUAAAUGAAUUUAAAAGCUCAGAGAUGGAAGUUCAUGAAGAGAGCAAACAUUUUACACGCUACCAUCGUCCAUGAUGCUGAAGUUUGAGAGAGGAAUUAAACAACUCCCCAAAACAGCUGCUUUGCUGCCUCAGUCUCCUGAAUGACUUGGCAGGAACUUCAGCACUUUCCAGCACAGCCAGAAUUGAGUCCUCUGGGAUAUACUUCUGGGGUGAACAGCACUUCUAUGAAUGUAGCAUUUCACUGGAAUGGAUUCUUAUGUGCCGCCUUGAGCAAAACUGAACACUUUGUCAGUGCUUUCGAACCUUUUAAUAUAGCAGCGUACUUGAGGGGGACUUCCUUCACCAGCCACCAACGUUCCGGGCCACUUGCAGGUUCUAAGUCUCACUGACUGCACCACACUCUCACCCCAAGAUGACUGCCUGCGCUGAGGCAGUGUAUGCACCAUUAGCCUUACCUACUCUGUCCUGGUUGUGAGACCCACUUGUGACUAAAUUUCGGCCAUCAAAUCCAGUUGGUGAUGGGGAAAACCUUCUCGGGGGCCCCCACCUCCGGGGAGAGCCUUCAUAACACACUGGCAUGUCAGUUGAAAGCAUUGCACUGUACCUCUUGUAACCCAGCAAUAUAGUCCUCUUCAGGCAGUCCAGCCUGGGAGAAGCUCAGGAUCUGACAUGUCUUUAUUGACACAGUUGUCCUCAUUUUUAUUUUUAAAAAUAUCUUGAAGAUGUGAUGGAAACUUAUGUUUUUUCUAUUAAACAAUCUGAGCUGUAACCAGAAUCUAAGUUGGAAAAAUGCAAAAUCAUGUAUCUUUUCUAUAUACCAAAAAAAAAAAAAAAGCCUUUAUGUUAAAGCCAACUUGGCAAAAAACCGACUUUGUGGCUUAAAUUUGAAGGGCUAUUUGUUGUACUUUUGUUGUACAUUCUGACCAAUAGAUGUAUUCUCCAUAAAGCAGAGUUGUAGCAACUCUGUGGGAACACUCGUGUGCUGUCGGCCUCUACACUUCCAGCCAGAAUCAAAGCAAGGUCCUAGGGCUGUGGGGCGCUAAAUAGGAAAAGGUCUUUGGAGAAUUAGGAGGAGCACGAUCAUGCCCCACUGCCCCUCCCCUCCUCAGUACUGUUUGCCCUCUCCCACUGCCCCUCUCUGGCAGUUGCCACCUCAUUCAUCCCUCCUCUUCCAAGCUGUAGCCAGUGUAGCUGGUGCCCAUGCACUGGCUCAGCCCCCACCCCUUUUUGUAUUUGUAAUAUAUAUUAAUGUAAUUUCCUAAAACAGAAGAUUCAGUUACUUUCUUUGAAUUUUUGUUGAAACCAGACAGCCUCACUAUUUCCCUCUACUUCCUAUCCACACUAAGUGGAAGAAAAAAUGGUUUCUAUUUAACCGAUGAAUGUGGCUUUUUCCCUUUAAUGUGCAGGAAAUUGUGGCUGUUUUAUAGAUUUCUUUUGACAUCCCUGUUGUUCUGUAUGUAUCUUUCAGAUUUUUCUUUCUCCUUUCAUGUCCAUGUAAGAUUUGCUGAAGAAUCAGAAUAUCAGGUCAAAACAAAAAAAGCUAAAGUGACCUUAAUGUGUAGUGUCUUCUCUCUGUAUGGGCAAUAAGGAGGUAUUUGAAUUUCUCAGUUACUGUCAAAUGCUUUAUGGCUCUGGAGAUAUACCGGCUCCACAUCUUGAAACUCAUUAACAUUUGGUAUGACUGAGGAAAGAUGUGACAACUCUACAGAGUUGUUAGUGGUCUGUUUGUAAGGUGGCCACACAUUAACUGCUAACUUCUAACCUUUCUAUCUUGGUUUGGAGGUUACUUGGCUUCUACCAGCAUACUCUGUGGCCUAAGAUGACAUUUUCAAACCCUUCUUUCACUGCCUUUCUUUCCCUUAAUGUGCCAAGCUUAAAACAGGAUUUAAUUUCCUGAGCUACUUUGCUUUCUAUGUGCCACUAAGGAAUCUAGUUCAUCUUUCAUCUCAUUCAUUGUUCUUUUGAAACAAGAAACUUUGGGGUCAAGUCUUUUUAGGUGUUUUUUUUAUAUAUAUAUAUAUGUAUGUAUAAUGGAUUUUGUGUUCCCUUUCUGUGUAACAAUUCACAAUCAUAAUGUAAAGAAUAAAAGCCUGAUGUAUUGUACUUCAAGAUGCUUCCCUGAUGUACAGAAUCUCCUUGUAAAAUAAAUAAUUGCAUUGUAUAUCAGUCUUAUCGAUAUUAAUUAUUAAAGUAUUUUAGAAUUAAACUAUA